GCUGAAGGAUGUCCAAGUCGGUAAGGGCUCCAAAGUGGGCUCCAACAUGACUCUGUACCACAGCCACAACUUCACAAAGGCUUACCCAGCGGGCCGAGUCACCUUGCCGGUGGGUUCCGUGCUGCACGUGGGUGUGUCCGUAGAGGAGUCCGAGACGGAGCGUUUCGUGGUCGUUCUGGAGGACUGCUAUGCCACGCAAUCCCCCGACCCUAAAGACAUCAUGCGAUACUACAUCAUUCAGAACAAAUGUCCGACUGAAUUCCGUCAGGUGAGGGUGGAGGAGAGCGGCUCGUCUCUCAGGGCUCGCUUCUCUGCUCUGCUGUUCCUGUACCAGGGGGACUACCGGGAUGUCUUCCUACACUGCAGACUCAGCCUUUGUGACCAGAGGAGCUCCUCCUGCACUCCAGUGUGCGCCAAAAGGAAAUACCGCUCUGUCACCCCCUCUGUCCCCCUCGAACCCCUCACCAUCGGACCAAUCACCUGGUCCCAAAAUGAAGUAUGA